AGGAUAGGUCCAUCAAUGGCUAUUAGCCAGGAUGGGCAGGGAUGCAACCCCAUGCUCUGGGUGUCCAGCUGCUGCUGGGGGGAUGUGCUGCCCUUGGGGCCAGCCCUAGGGGGAACCCCUCAAACUGGCUCCUUUGAUGCUGCUCUUUUCUAGUGUCUGGCUCGGAGACGCUGUUCCUGGGAGGGUUUAAAGGUGUCUCGGUGGGGAUAGUCAUGCUGGGAGGGGCUGGGGCUGCGCUGUCUUAAAAUGACCCAGGGUUUUUCCCAGCCUGCCAGAGUCUGAAUACCUGUCUGCAGGGAGAGAGCUGGGGUGUGUGGAAAUCAGGGCGUGAGAUGGAAAAGCCUCUUGAAAUCUCCGGGUCGGUCGCCCUUCUUGCUCUGCCAGGCGGCGGAAUAACAGCCCUGUUUCUCUCCCGGGAAAUGGUUGCCGCAGAGCGCAUGCAGGUAGGGGAUUUUCAGGGAGCUGCAGGAUAGGUUUCUAUUAGAGGGGGAGGGGCAGGAAUUAUGUAGGGGGAGGCUGGGCCUGCCCUGCAGGGCUGUGGUUAAUCUGGGGCUUGUUUUUUCAGAGGAGGCCCAUUGGGCGGGAGGUGGGAAUUUGCCCCUUUCUGGAACAGGAAACAACCCCCCUGGUCAGGGCUGGGAAGGAAAACUUAACAGAUCCCCGGCGCUGCAGCCUGAACCUACCAGCCAGAGGCUGCUGUGGAAUACGAAGGGGGCGCCCAGAGGAGAGGCCCCAUCCCCUACCCCCAGCUGCUGGGAAUAGGGGGGUGUUGGGAUUCCUGUCCCAGGACCCUGCUCCGGAUCUCCAUCUCCUCUACCAGCCUCUGGUUAGUGGGUGUAUGAUAAACGGGAAGGCUCCUGCUCUCCUCCCCUGGGAUUAGUGGGAAUGUAGCUGGGGCAGCAGGUGCUGAGUGGGGGACUCUUGUGUCAGAUGCUGGUGACCUUCGAGCAGGUGGCUGUGUGUUUCACCCAGGGAGGGAGCCCUGCUGGAUCCUGCUCAGAGAGCCCUCUACAGGGAUGUCAUGCAGGAGAGUUGUGAGACCGUGACCACGCUGGAUAAGGGAUUCCUGUGCCCUCGGUUAUUGGAAGCUAGGGGAGAGGGGUCUGCGAUGUGGCCAGUGUGGCUUGUGGUCCCUUAGAUUUUAAGGCUCCAAUGUCCCCAGAUCCAGUGUGAGAGAGACUUUACUCUCUUUGCCUUCUUCCAUGGGGUCAGGGAAUCAGAAAUACAAUGGAGAGGAUUAUCCAUUCCCAUCCCAACAGCUUUCAAGGGGGCGGAAGCAGCGCAUUGACCUGCCUGUAUUAAUUCUCACUCACACACACGAUCCCUGUUCCCCUCCCUUCCUGGGACUAGCUCCAUGUCUGAGGAGGGCUCUGAAGACUGAGGAAAAGGCGGGGGCUGAACGGCAGAGCCAUGUCAGCAAAUCUCCUAGAGUGCACAGAUCCUGGAAGCCCCCCUCCAAACAUCUGCCUCUCCCACGGGGCCUCAGUGACCGUGUUCCCAUCCGUUCAGAGUCUGUGGCCCCCGCAGCCCAGCACAGGGCCAGGUUAAAUCAAGGAAUGUUCUUUGUAACAAAUCCUCUCCCAAUGCUUGACACACCCUGAUCAUGCUGAUUACACAUACACAUAUCCCGAGCAGGAUUCCCCCUUCCCAAGCCUGACCUGAUCUCCCGGCUGGAACGAGGGGAAGAGCCAUGGAUCCUGGAUGCUCAGGACUCUUAGGAAAGGGAGAUCCCAAGAGGCCCAUGCUGCAGGUGAUGGGAGGAUGAGUGAGAACAAGGAGGAGAAUUCUCAGCAGGAAUGUGCUGAGGAAGUGGAACUGCACAAAACUUUAUCAGGAAGAUCCAAAGGGAAUUUUUUCCAGAGUCAUAAGCAGGGAAAAACCUGGGGGAUUCCACGCAAGUCAGAGAAGCAGCAGGGAAACCAGCCAGGAAAGAAAGUGAGUAAAACCACUAAUUGUAAGGGAAGUGGCAAGGACCUCGAGGAAACCACACUCCAGCAGAGAAUCCAUGGAGAAGGGAGAAAAAACACAUGCACCAAGUGUGGGAAAACCUUCAGUCGUAGCUCAAACCUUGUUUCCCAUUGGAGAAUCCACACAGGAGAGAGGCCGUAUAAAUGUAUUGAGUGCGGGAAAAGCUUCAGUCAGAGCUCUAACCUUGUUUCCCAUCAGAGAAUUCACACAGGAGAGAGACCCUAUAAAUGUCUGGACUGUGGGGAAAACUUCAACCAGAGCUCAGACCUUAUCACACAUCAGAGACUGCACACGGGAGAGAAACCGUAUAAAUGUAUUAAGUGUGGAAAAACCUUCAAUCAGAGCUCAAACCUUAUUUCACAUCAGCGAAUUCACACACGAGAGAGGCCCUAUAAAUGCCUUGAGUGUGCGGAAAGUUUUGAUUGGAGCACCCAACUUAUUAGACACCAGAUAAUCCAUACAGGAGACAGACCCUAUAAAUGCUUGGAUUGUGGGAAAAGCUUUAGUGAUAGCUCAGCCCUUAUUACACAUCAGCGAACCCACACGGGAGAGAAACCCUAUAAAUGCCUCGAGUGCGGGAAAAGCUUUAACCAGAGCUCCACUCUGAUUAGACACAAGAGGACUCACACUGGAGAAAAGCCCUAUAAAUGCUCAGACUGCAGGAAAAGUUUCAAUCAGAGCUCGAACCUAAUUACACAUCAGAGAAUCCACUUAGGAGAGAAACCUUGAAUGUGGGUGAUGCUUCACUUGGACUUCAAUCACGUUCGCCAACAGCAAAUUCAGACCGGGAAGAGACCUCUUAAAUGUCCUUAGUGUGGAAAAGAUUUCAGCUGGAGCAAACACAAUACUGGACAUCAGCGACUCCAGCAGCACUGAACCUGAGCUGUCAGUGGCCCUCUGGUUCUGCCUGGUCUAAGCAAAUCCCAGGCAGUGGAGGAGAAGACCUGGGUAGAGUCCCAGAACCUGGGCUCCAGCCUCAGCCUGAAAGUUUACACUGCAAUUUUAGAGCCCCCAAGCCUCGCGAGCCUGAGUCAGCUAACAUGGGUCAGCCGCGGUGUUUGAUUGCAACGUAGACAUACCCUGAGAGUUUGCCAACAUAAAGAGAAGAGGCCAGAGUUUGAUCAGGGAUAGCUGGAACAUUUCCCCCAACACUGACCAAGCCUCCACCACUUUUCUGAGUCUAGGCCAACGCUGACCAUCUCAUUUAUAUCUGCAGUGUUAUUCUAGCCGUGUCGGUCCCAGGAUAUUAGAGAGACAAGGUGGGUGAAGUAAUAUCUUUUACUGGACCAACUUCUCCUACUCAUUUAUAGUGUUCUCUGCAUUAGCUACUCCUGAGGGAAUUCUACACUAUUGUGCAAGGGCAGAAUUAAUGUCCCCCGCAGAUUUUUUUUCCCACCUCAGAAUAAUUGAUUGUGACGGGGAGGCAAAGGGAAGUUAUGAGAAGAGUCAUGGAAUUACACCUUUUGUCCACCAUGGGGCUGAUGUGGCACUAGGAGAGAGGGCAGCUGGCUCAUGGGCUGGAGCAGCCAGCCACUGAGAAGGAGGGGGCAGAGGCUGCCUUCCUUACAGCACCCUAUCUGUGAGGCUAGGUGAGGAGACACGGGAUAUGGAGGGGACAGACAGCGUGGGGCACACAGGACUGCUGGGAGCUUUCAGAGGCUGGGGUUCAGAAGAGCCAGUGCAGGGACAGAUUGGGGGCACAGGAGCUAGUGGAGUGACAUUGAGCCAGAGUCAAAUUGGGAGUGGGGGUGCAGGGACACAUGGGGGCAGGGAAAGAUGUGUCUGACUGAAUGGGAGAGGCUAGGGGUCAGCCAGGGUCUGUAUCGGGGAGGAUCCCCAACUGCUUAACAAUCCCUCUCCCCCUUCCCUAGAAAUCCCUGUUCCAUACUUCUCCCACCCACACCAGGCAACCCUCCAGGUUCAUUCCCAGGCUCCUUCCCAGUGAUUAUUUCCCUCUCCCUCAGCUCCUCUGUUACCCCUGAUUUUCCCCCACCCUUUGCACUGGUUCUGAGGGGAGUGGGAAAUAUGUUUCUGUACUGUAGUUUAAAUGAAUAAUUACUCAAAUUUCUGUAUUAAUAUACCUAGUAAGGAAUCUAUUUAUCAAAAAACAAAGGGACGGAAGUUUAGCUGUUUUAGAAGAGAACACAGGGAAAUCUGUUCUCCUAACUUUGUGCCAACUGCAGCAUGCUCCAGAAUUUCACAUUAUCUAAGCCUCUAAGGUGCAUUAUAACUCCCUGUGUUCUGUUGUUCUCUUUCCUGAAGGCUGUUUUGUCACAUAUUUGGAUAUUAGUUUUUGUUUGACUGCGGGGGGGGGGGGGUAGGGAGCGGGUUUGCAUAGUUUUAUUGUGGAAAUUUAUGAGACAAAUGGCUAUUUGGCACAAUAUCCCUUCAUUAUUUUUGCUUUUUCGUCCGUCUCUGCCAUGAAAUUUUAAUAUUGGUUGAACAGUUCAUCCAUUAGUUAUUAAUAACUGAUUUUUCAAGUAACUGCCGACACAAACACUGAUGGGCACAUGUGAAAGUCCCGGAGAGGCGGAGCCUGAAAAGGGGAAAGGAAGUAACUACCUGAUCCCAGGGGUGAGGUGAGAGACAGGUAGGAGGGGGAGAGAGUAUGGGAGGCGGGGGACACAGAGCUGGGAAACUGCAGGGUUUGCUCGUGAGAGCCAGAUGGCCGAGGCUGAGAACUGUGAACUCUCUGCACUGCAGCUAGAAAGAGACAGGAAGUAUCUUAGAAGUUUUAUGUGACAUUGUCACGUUCUCCAAAGGGAAUGACGGGGUGGCCCCCGGAUUCCUGAACGGAUGAAGCUGAGCAGAGCCAACAAAGAAGCCGGGGACGGCAACAGGCCAGGCCAGCCCUGAAUCCAGGCUGGUCCCCAUCACUGAGGCCAGUGGGCAGUAAGGAGCCUGACAGCGCUGGUCACCCCUUCCCCAACUACCGUAGUGUCUUGGGUGGGGAUGACAGAGACUCUCUCUGCCCCACUCACCAGGGGUGUCCCCAAGGGGGAGAAAAGCUUCUGCUGGGAUUGAAGAUGCCGACUCUUCUGUAAAGUCAACCAGUUCUCUGACUCCUGUUAAACAGCCCUCUGGAUUUCCUGCUCCUGGAGCGUUUGUUUCUGGGACUGAAGCUCAGCAUCGCUAAUGGAUUCUCUGCACUUUCC